AUGUCUGUGGCUCUAGCUAAUGUAGCUGUUCUGAUUUCCAAGCCAAAUGGACGUAAAAAGCCCAUCAUCUGGAUCGAUUCUGGAAUACAUGCCUGUGAAUGGGUAUCGAUGGCCACAAACCAAUACUUUAUACACCAGUUGUUGACAAAGUAUGCAGAGAACUCGCAAGUUCAGAACUUUGUGGAUCAGAUUGAGUGGCACAUCUUGCCUGUCGUCAACCCAGAUGGAUAUGAAUACUCACACACACACGUCGGCGCCAGCAACGAUCCCUGCUCCGAUACAUACGCCGGUGCAACCCCAGAUUCUGAAGUAGAGACAAGGAACAUACGUGAUUAUAUACUGCCAAUAGCCAAGGAUAUAAAAGCGUUCAUCACUAUACACUCUUACACUCAGCUAUGGCUUAUACCGUGGGGCUACACUACGGGCUUGCCGUCCGACUACGAUGAUUUGUACGAUUUGGCGAUGAGAGCAACGAGCGCUUUGACAGCAGUGCAUGGUACGAGGUAUCAAGUCGGAACGGCAUCUAAUAUCUUGUAUGAGUCCACCGGGACAUCACGUGACUGGGCAAAGGGUGUUGCGAAGAUAAAGUACGUUUACACGGUCGAGUUACGAGAUACUGGCUACUACAAUUAUGAGCUGCCGGAAAAUCAGAUUGAACCAACGUGUGAGGAGACGUGGGAAGCUAUGAAUGUUGUCGCAAAGCAAAUCAUAUCAGAGUUUGCAUAG